AUGCACAGCCUCUGCUCAGCGUUAUAUUUAGGAGAAGGAAACAAAGAAAACGGUGUGUGUUGCGGGGUCUUUGUCUCGCCGUCCUAGUAUUUUAAAUUGUGUACGUCUGUGUGCUUAGAGAUACUCUAAAUGGAGAAGGAAGAGAUGUCGUACUGGGGGAACUCCAGCGAGCAGAUUCUGGUGGAGCACUUCCCCAUGCACCGAGCGUGUCGAGACGGUAACGUGUGCUUGCUGAGUUCCCUUCUGGAAGCCGGUGUUUUUUCCCCGUACGAAGAAGACCAGUUUUACGGCUGGACUCCCGCUCACUGGGCUGCAUACUUCGGCAAGUUGGAAUGUUUGCGCCAGUUGAUCAUGUCCGGUGUGAACAAGGAUGUCACUACACAGAGGUUCUGUCAGACACCAGCACACAUCGCUGCCUUCGGGGGUCAUCCCCACUGCCUGCUCUGGCUCCUGCAGGCUGGUGCUAACAUCAAUGCUCAGGACUAUCUGGGUGAAACACCUAUCCAUAAAGCAGCAAGAACUGGAAGUACAGAAUGCGCAGGUCUGCUACUAGCACAUGGUGCAAAAUCAAGUCUAUGUAACAACAACGGCAUGAGCCCAGCUGACCUGGCCAGGAAUCAGGGGUUCCACGAGUGUUCCCAGGCCCUGCUGCAGGCUCAGGCACAGCUCCAGUCCCAGCAGAACGGCUUCCAGCACACCAACGGCGUCCACGUAAACAGGCUGAGCAGAAAACGUGGUCUGGACGCAGAAUGUGAGGUUGAGGGAAGCAAACGAACCAGGAGUGAUGAUUCCUCAAGGCUGAUGGUUGGAGGACAUGUUAACGGGGUUUCCAUGGAGACUAACAUGGAGGAGAUGGGAAGUUCAGAUGAACAUGAAGAGUGUGUCUAUGUACAACAGGGCUAUGACAGCGCUAUGUUCGAGGCAAUGUUACAGUUUCAUGGCACGUAGGACAGUGGAUUUAGCAGUAUCCCUUGUGUCUAUGUCCUGGGUAUGUGUACGUUUGUAUGUGUUGUAUUGUCAAGAUCCCAACAUCAAGUAUAUAAUUCCUGCAAGUACCAAUUUUUUUGGUACAAUUCUUACAGAGAAUAGUAUUUUGUUAACUGUGAUUUUGUAUUUCUGGAUCAAAUUGGAUCCUGAUUUUAGAAUUGUCACUUCCUAUUCAAGAAAAGCAAAACUUGCCAAUAUCACCUCCAUAUGCAGGUUAGUGCAUGAAUUAAUCCAUGCAUUUACAUUGAAUGUACAUUGUUGUUUCUUAAAAUUCUUGUGCUAUGGUGAAAGUGCAGUACCAUAGUAUUUGUUACCACCAAAGAAUUAGAUGGUCUUGCACCGAUUUCUGGUUAGAUCCAUACUUUAUAAAAUCAACUUUUCUAGAAGUUGUUACAUGUCUAGUGCAUGCCACGUGCUCGUGUUUAUAUGUGCUGUAAAAUAUUUCAAGCCCCAGUACUCAUAAAUUGUAUUUUAUAUACAUAUACAUGCUGUUUAGAGUUGAUUCAUGUUGUCACGGGAAAAUCAUAUUUUCUUUAGUAGAGGACUUUUAUAUAGUAUCUAUUUUCCUAGUGUACUAUUUUCUACUUAAUGAUAUGUCUAUUUUUUAUUAGUAUGUACCACUGGUCUGGUUUUUUAAGUGUAGAGAGUGCUUUCUUACUACAACAUUCCAAUACUUGUGCUAUUAGAUUUGUCUUCUCAGUAUUCAUAGGUUUUAUAGUUGUUUUUACAUGUUCAUGUGUUUACAUGUAAGUAGAGAGGUAUCUUGAUACUGAUAGCGUUUAUUUUUUUUACAUGCAUAUGUAUAUGGCAAAGAUGGUAAUUAUUACCUGAAUCAGCAUUAUUUUGGCAAAGUUGCCCAUGCAACCUAUGACCACUCUGUGUGUUGCACUGUUGUUGAUUUCUGUGUAACUUAGUGAAAUUUAUAUUGUCUCCUCAAAGAUAUGGAUAAACUCUGGUGAUUGCCAA